AGUUCCUUUUUGCUCAAGACGUUUGAAAGCUGGCACGGCGAGCACGAACGUGCAGUGUGUGUGUUAUACCGCUGCGUCUCACACUGACAAUUGAAAAGAAAGUCACAGUGACGGAGCAACCAUGGAACUGAAUGAUGCUAACCUACAAACCCUCACAGAGUUCCUCAGAAAAACACUGAACCCAGACCCAACAGUGCGUCGCCCAGCUGAAAGGUUUCUUGAAUCCGUUGAGGGAAACCAGAACUACCCUUUACUACUCCUCACUUUGCUGGAAAAGUCCCAAGACAAUGUUAUUAGGGUCUGCGCUGCUGUUACAUUCAAAAACUACAUCAAAAGGAACUGGCGCGUUGUUGAAGAUGAACUGAACAAAAUUUCAGAACAAGACAGAACCACAGUCAAAGCAAACAUUGUUAAUUUGAUGCUUAGUAGUCCGGAACAGAUUCAGAAGCAGUUGAGUGAUGCUAUCAGCAUCAUCGGACGGGAAGACUUCCCUCAGAAGUGGCCUGACCUUUUGACAGAGAUGGUGACCCGUUUCCAAAGCGGAGACUUCCACAUUAUCAAUGGAGUGCUCCGCACUGCACACUCUCUCUUUAAGAGGUACCGUCAUGAAUUUAAGUCAAAUGAGCUUUGGUUGGAGAUCAAACUAGUUCUUGAAACAUUUGCCUUACCGCUGACGGAGUUGUUCAAGGCAACUAUCGAGUUGUGUCAGACUCAUGCUACUGAUAUCAACGCCUUGAAAGUCCUCUUCUCCUCGCUCACGCUGAUCUCCAAGCUUUUCUACAGUCUUAACUUUCAGGACCUUCCAGAGUUUUUUGAAGAUAACAUGGAAACCUGGAUGACCAAUUUCCAUGCACUUCUGACUUUGGAUAAUAAACUUUUACAAACAGAUGAUGAGGAGGAAGCCGGUCUCCUUGAGCUCCUCAAGUCACAGAUUUGUGACAAUGCUGCGCUUUAUGCUCAGAAGUACGAUGAAGAGUUCCAGCCAUAUCUUCCUCGGUUUGUCACUGCCAUCUGGAACCUUUUAGUUUCUACAGGCCGGGAGGUUAAAUAUGACCUGCUUGUGAGCAAUGCCAUCCAGUUUUUGGCAUCAGUCUGUGAAAGGCCACACUACAAAAAUCUUUUCGAGGAUCAGAAUACACUCACGAGCAUUUGCGAGAAGGUCAUCGUGCCCAAUAUGGAGUUCAGGAGUGCGGAUGAGGAAGCUUUUGAAGAUAACUCUGAAGAAUACAUCCGGAGGGACCUUGAAGGCUCUGACAUCGACACUCGUCGUAGGGCAGCUUGCGACUUGGUAAGAGGCCUUUGUAAGUUCUUCGAGGCCCCGGUCACCGCCAUCUUCUCUGGAUACGUGAGCUCCAUGCUGGCUGAGUACGCAAAGAACCCCGGUGCGAACUGGAAGCACAAAGACGCUGCCAUCUAUUUAGUCACAUCACUGGCAUCCAAAGCACAGACGCAGAAGCACGGAAUAACUCAAGCCAACGAACUGGUGAAUUUAACUGAGUUCUUUGUGAAUCACAUUCUUACAGACCUAAAAUCCCCUAACGUGAAUGAAUUCCCAGUGUUGAAGGCAGAUGCCAUCAAGUACGUGAUGAUCUUUCGAAGCCAGCUUCCUAAGGAGCAACUGCUGCAGGCUGUUCCCCUCUUGAUAACGCACUUGCAGGCAGAGAGCACUGUGGAACACACGUACGCCGCGCACGCCUUGGAGAGGCUGUUUACGAUGAGGGGCCCAAAUAAUACAACACUUAUCACCGCUGUAGAGGUGGCACCGUUUAGCGACAUGCUACUUACCAACCUGUUCAAGGCAAUGUCUCUUCCUGGUUCAUCAGAAAAUGAAUACAUCAUGAAAGCCAUUAUGCGCAGCUUCUCCCUGCUCCAAGAAACCAUCGUUCCUUACAUUCCCACUCUGAUUGAUCAGCUCACUCAGAAGCUGCUUUUAGUCAGCAAGAACCCCAGCAAGCCACAUUUUAACCAUUACCUGUUUGAGUCUCUCUGCUUGUCUGUCCGGAUCACCUGCAAGGCUAACCCCGCCACCGUCGGCAGCUUCGAGGAAGCCCUCUUCCCAGUUUUCACGGAGAUCCUCCAGAACGAUGUUCAGGAGUUUUUGCCGUACGUAUUCCAAGUGAUGUCUCUCCUCUUGGAGAUGCAUUCCAACUCCAUCCCCGCUGCCUACAUGGCGUUAUUCCCUCACCUGCUGCAACCUGUGUUGUGGGAGCGCACGGGCAACAUCCCCCCUCUGGUGCGCCUGCUUCAGGCCUACAUGGAAAAGGGGGGAGCCACUAUUGCCGCAUCUGCUGCUGAUAAAAUACCUGGACUGCUUGGUGUUUUCCAAAAGCUUAUUGCCUCCAAGGCCAAUGACCACCAAGGAUUUUACCUGCUCAACAGCAUCAUCGAGCACAUGCCCCCAGAAUCCCUCACUCAGUACAGAAAACAGAUCUUCAUUUUGCUCUUCCAGAGACUCCAAAGCUCCAAAACCACAAAAUUCAUCAAAAGUUUCUUGGUAUUUAUCAACCUGUAUUGUGUCAGGUAUGGUGCUAUUGCACUCCAGGAGAUUUUUGACAGCAUCCAGCCCAAAAUGUUUGGUAUGGUCCUGGAGAAAAUCAUUAUUCCAGAAGUUCAGAAAGUGUCUGGAGCAGUUGAGAAAAAGAUCUGUGCUGUUGGUAUCACAAAGCUCCUCACCGAAUGUCCUGCCAUGAUGGACACUGAGUACACCAAGCUUUGGCCUCCACUGCUCCAGGCCCUCAUUGGUCUCUUUGAGCUGCCUGAAGAUGACAGCAUCCCCGAUGACGAGCAUUUCAUUGACAUUGAAGACACGCCCGGCUAUCAGACGGCUUUCUCGCAGCUGGCUUUCGCCGGGAAGAAGGCGCACGACCCUAUCGGAGACGCUGUCAGCAAUCCGAAAAUUUUGUUGGCACAUUCGCUCCACAAGCUUUCUACAGCCUGUCCAGGAAGGGUUCCAUCAAUGCUCAGUAGCAGUCUUAACGCAGACGCCCUCCGGUUCCUGCAGGCUUAUUUACAGGGAGCCAAUGUGCAACUGGUUUGAACGCUGUUCAAUACAAAAAGACGCUGUAAUCUUCACACACACGACUGCCGUCAAACAGUGGAAUUCACCCCAGAGGUAAUCAUUCAUGAAUAUGGGUUUCCUCAGACUAUAAUGAUUAGGUUGUUUUUUUUUUUUUAAUAUUUUAAAGACCAUGACCAAACGCUAGCCUAACACCUACAGAUUUGUUUUUUGAGCUCUUGCGUUUGUCGUGAGUAAAAAGUUGGAAAAGUAUUAGGUGCAGAAGUCCAUCAGUCACUUUUUCCUACAACAACUCUAGCAAAGGAAAUUGAACACCAGCUUUUGAAUUUAUUUAGGCUUUUUUUUUUUUUUGUAUGUUUGAAUUUUGUGUUGCAUGUUUCCCGUAGCUUUCGUCAUUUCUCGCUUGUUUUGACACUGUUUUUUUUGUGAAUAAAAAAAAGAGGCA